AAAAUGGAUAAAGGAAAUCUGUCUGUGGUGUCGGAAUUUAUGCUUCUGGGACUUUGCCACUCGUGGAAUAUGCAGGUCUUAUUCUUAAUGAUAUUUUUUAUGCUUUACCUGAUCAUCAUAUCUGGAAAUAUUUUCAUCACGAUCUUAAUCAUCACUGACCCUCAACUCCAUUCCCCCAUGUACUUCUUGUUGGCUAACCUGUCCUUUAUCGAUAUGUGGCUUUCUUCAGUCACUACGCCUAAGAUGCUCACAGACUUUCUCAGGGAAAACAAGACUAUUUCCUUUGGAGGCUGCAUGUGUCAGAUCUUCUUUGUGCAUAUUUUUGGAGGGAGUGAGAUGGGGCUAUUGGUGGUAAUGGCCUACGACCGCUAUGUGGCCAUCUGCAAGCCACUCCACUAUUCAACCAUUAUGAGCCUGGAAAAAUGCAUUGGGCUGGUGGCGACUUCCUGGACCAUUGGCUUUGUGCAUGCCAUGAGUCAAAUGAUUGUGAUUAUGCAGUUGCCUUUCUGUGGCCCCAGGGAACUUGACAGCUUCUUCUGUGAUAUACCACUGGUAAUCAAGCUUGCCUGCAUGGAUUCCUAUAACUUGGGAAUAUUAAUGAAUGCUGAUAGUGGGGUUCUGGCUAUGACCUGCUUUGUGUUGUUGCUGAUAUCGUACACAUACAUUCUUCUCAUUGUCCACCAAAGCUCUAAAACAGGUGCGUCUAAGGCCCUCUCCACCUGUGCUGCCCACAUAACAGUGGUGGUGCUCUUCUUUGGGCCCUGCAUCUUCAUCUAUGUGUGGCCACUCAGUAUCACAUGGGUAGACAAGUUUCUUGCUGUAUUUUACUCUGUUAUUACACCUCUCCUAAAUCCAGCCAUUUAUACUUUGAGAAAUAAAGACAUAAAAAGUGCUAUGAAGAGAUUCAGAAGCUACUACAUGCACUCCAAGGGAAAUAGUUAA